ACAGUGAACGCUACCAGUCGUCUCGUCGCCAUCUUGCGACGAAAGUGAAGCACAUCCUCGGGGCGCAGCCUUAUUUCUUGGGAGUCUUUAGCUCCCAAGACUCUCUUGCUUUCCUCUUACUCGGCACCUUCUCCCCCGACCUCAGAGCCUGUGUUCGAUAAGGAUACAGAGCAUUUUUACUGUUUGUGUGUGACGACAUGGCUUGCUAAACAUCAAGAUGUCUGGUGGCUGUGUUAUCGGUGCUAGGGGAGUUCUCUCCGUCCCGUGCUCCACCUCUGUGUAUGGACACACCAUCUACCAUGGACAAGAAGGCCGCACUCAGGCUGCCUCAGCUGCCUGCUAAGACCGGCCAAGAAACCACUACUAAAGAAUAUGGAGGAAAGAAAAAUGUGCCCCAACAUGCUCGGAAACGGGAAUUUGACCGUCCCGACUCUGGGAGGAAACCGGUGGCCGGGCGCAGUGGGAGGACGGGCCAGCGGUAUGUCCGUCCCAGGGAGAAGAUGGGUGGCAAGGUAGAGGGUACCACAAAUGAAUCGGAAUCUGGGUCACUGUACUGCACAGGUGGCAAGAAGCAGAAUAUCACUCACCUGUUGAACUGGUGGGGUCCGGGCCACAGACCGCAGGGUAACUCUUCUGGUGGUUACCAGGGAGGCAGGUCUCGAGUGAGACGCUACUCUUCUCACAUCCUUAAGUACAGCAAGGAACAUUAUCUGCAAGCCAACUGUCAGUUUGCUGUGAAUGACCAGGGGGAUUAUUCUGUAUAUGCUGCCAACCAAGACUUACUGGUUGACUGGAGUUUUGUCGAGGAAGUGAGACUCCAUGUAUGUGAAGCACCAUCCUGCCCAAUCUGCCUCUACCCACCUAUUGCUGCCAAGGUAACACGUUGUGGACAUAUCUACUGUUUUCCAUGCAUCCUCCAUUACUUGGCGCUCUCUGAUAAGAAAUGGCGGAAGUGUCCUAUCUGCUAUGAACCAGUUGUCAAAGAGGAUCUCAAGAGUGUCGUUGCCAUAUGCCACAAGGAAUUUAAUAUUGGUGAGGAAAUUGAGCUACAACUCAUGCGUCGGGAACGUGAUUCUCUGCUGCCCAUGCCUGCAGCCUUGUUCAACCAAGAGAUUAUAGACUCCACUCCACGUAUUAGCCAGCCAACUGCUGCAACUCCUUAUGCCAAACUGCUCAUAGCAUCCAAGGAAGAGGUACAAACCCACAUAAUCAUGAGAGAGAAGAGGGAUUUGGAGGCUCAGCUAGUAGAAGAGGGAGAUCAGCCUGAAGCUUGCUUCAUUGAUGAGGCCCUGUCACUUCUCCGAGCUCGUCAACAUUCUCUGAAUUCUGAAACUUGUACCGAACACCACACAAAAACUGGAGGACAACCAAAGACUUUAUCACAGACUAGCCCAAGUGAACACUCGCCAGAUGACGGUUCAUCAGUCGAAGAUCCACCAGAUCUUGUUUCCAGUUUGGGAGACUUGUCCAGUCAGGGUGAUCCUCGACCAGAACCCAUUGUAGAGGCAGAAGGGGGCAAGCCAGCCAUUACUGUGGAAGAUUUAGACAUUUCACAACUGCAGCCAGUUAAUCAAAAUACUCCUCGUGGUCAGCAAAGUCACCGCAACACUCCGAAGUCUACUUUUUACUUCUAUCAAGCCAGUAAUGGGGCACACAUUUAUCUGCAUGCUCUUAAUGUACAAAUGCUGGUGCAGGAAUAUGGUGCUCUGGAGAACUGCCCUCCACUCAUAAGAGCAAAGGUGGUAGAGAAGGAGUCUGUGUCUAUGACUGAAGAUCUCCGUAUGCGUCUGCGAUAUCUACGACACUUGCCAGUUACCUGCAGUUUUGAAGUUGUAGAAGUGUGUCUUCAGUUACCUGUUGUGUCCCAACUCACUCAAGCAAUGUUUCAGGAUCAGAUUGAUUCCAGACAACGUAAGCGCAACAAACGUGCCCGUGAAGAACGAAAAAUAGAGAAACGCGUACAAGCAGAAGAGGAUCGCAUGAUGGGACGCAGCAAGGGAGCCACCAAUCUUAAGAUAGAAUCUUUGAGACAGUUUCCCUCUUUUUGUGAUGACCUUUCUUCAAGACCCAGCAGUGAGGUUGAUGGAGCAAAUGCAGGCACUGAACAAAUUACCAGUGAAACUAGUACCAGUCCCAAUAGUGAGCUGCCAGGGAGUUCCUCCACAGACCCAACACAUACUGGCAUGUCUUUUGCAAAGAUGAUUAGAGAAGGUAAAGUGCGGGUUCAGCAUUCCCAAAAUGAACCUACUAGUAUAACAGGAGGAGUGUGGCCAACGCUUGGAGGGCCUCUCACAAGAUCAACAUCAAAAGGAAACGGAGGUUGCUCUUCUGGCAUAAGCAGCAGACCUUGGGAAGGAAAACGAGCAAAUCUGCAGGGUGAAGCUUCUACAAAUCCUGGUAACUGCAGUGAUGAGGAAGAGUGUUUGGCAGUGCCAGAAUUUAAGCAUGCUUUUAGUGAUGCUGUGGCCAGGGCUAUGGAUGCUGCAGCAAAGAAAUCUGCAGCUGAGGCAGAAGUAGCAUCAACUGUGGAAGCAGGCAAAAAGGGGAAGAAGAAGAAGAAGCAACAGAAGAAAGUUCUUCUGUUCUCGUCAGGAGGACUGAACUAGUGUCUUAAUACAGACACCCUUAUUGUUGUUUGGGCUCCAUGGUGAAUAUGGGAUAGUUUAGAACAUUGUAUUUAGUUUUCCCCUGGUUAGCAUAAUCACUGGUAAAAUUAUUUUUGAAGUUCUUGGCACCUACCUACUUUUUUUUUUUAUUGUAUGGCUGUCAUGUACAUCUAUGGAUACAGCCUUUUAAAGUUUGUUGGGUUAAUCUGUAUUUCUUUUUUAUGUAAUAUAUACUCUUGGAUUUAUGUAAUGAUUGCAGUUAGGUUUCACAUUGCUGCCAUUCGUAUGUAUAAUUGCAUCUACUAUGUUUUAAAGUUCCUAAUUUUUAUGCGCUAGUGUCAUCUUGUAUCUGCGUCAUUUGUAUCUUGCAUUUGUGUAUUAUACUUGGUAUUUUUGGUAAACAACAUAAUUUCCAAAUACCAUUUGAGUAUCAGUAUGUAAUAAUUUGUAUGGUUUAUUAUAUGACAGUAUUAAGAUACUUGUUUCAUAGUUUCCUUGCUGAAAUUCUGCUUUGAAUUCAAAUGUCAAUUUUAAACUGUAUUUGAAAAAAAUUAAAUACCAAUUGCCAAAUAUUCUGUUGGCAGGAUUAUGCUUGUAUAAAUAAGACUUGAUUAACCCUUUUCAUUAGUAAUGCCAUUAAUAAUACAGUGGACCCCCGGUAUUCGAUAUUAAUCAGUUUCUGAGAGCUCAUCGAAUACCGAUAAUAUCAAAAACCGAAUCAAUUUUCCUCAUAAGAAAUAAUGGAAAUCAAAUUAAUCUGUGCAAGACACCCAAAAGUAUAAAAAAAAAAUUUUACUACAUGAAAUAUUAAGUUUAAUGCAAUAGAAUAAUUACAAUAACAAUAAAAUAAUUGACACUUACCUUUAAUGAAGAUCUGGUGAUGAUUGAUGGGAUGGGAGGAGGGGAGAGGUGUUAGUGUUUCGAAGGGUAAUCCCCUUCCAUUAGGACUUGAGGUAGCAAGUCCAUUUCCGGGGUUACUUCCCUUCUUUUAAUGCCACUAGGACCAGCUUGAGAGUCACUGGACUUCUGUCACACAACAUAACUGGCAGCCUCACCAUGCCUAAUCACACUAUGUAUGCCACUACGAUUCUUAAAUCUUUCAAACCAACCUUUGCUGGCCUUAAAUUCACUCGCAUCACCACUAGUUGCAGGCAAUUUCUUUACCAAAUCGUCAUGCAACUGCCUAGCCUUUUCACAAAUGAUCGCUUGAGAGAUGCUAUCUCCUGCUAUCUGUUUUUCAUUUAUCCACACCAGUAACAAUCUCUCAACAUUUUCUAACACUUGCGGUCGCUGUUUCGUAAUCACAGUUGCAGCUUUUGCAAGAACAGCUUCCUUGAUUGCUGUUUUCCUGGGCACUAUAGUAGAGAUGGUUGAUUGGGGUUUAUUAUACAACCUGACCAGCUCCGACACACGCACUCCACUUUCGUACUUUGCAAUUAUCUCUUUCUUCAUUUCAUAAGUCAUUAGCGACUUUUUUCUCGAAGGGUUGGCACUAGAAGCUUUCUUGGGGCCCAUGGUGACUUAUUUUGCAGAAACAAGCACCAAACACAGUGAUAAUAUGGAUAAUAUGGAAUGUACCGAAUGUAUCCUUAGAUGCGCGCACACUGGCUGGCUUGUAAACACUAGCACACAUGGAGCAGUUAAGGCCACACGUGGACAGGUCUCGUACGAAUUGUAUCGAAUACCGAGGAAAAUUUUUUGCGUUAAAAUGCAUUGAAAACCGGAUUUAUCGAAUACCGAUGCCAUCGAAUACCGGGGGUCCACUGUACUUCUGUUGUGGCUAAUGUCCAGACAUAAUUCUGACUAGUGUAAAUUUAUUUUUUUGCUUUCAUAAGUAACCUUUUUAUGAUUUACAUUUCAACCAUGGCAUAUAUAAUUUAUAUUAUUUCAAUACUAUAAGUAGCACCUGUUGCUUUGAAUCGCUGAAUAAACUACAAAAAUUC